UUCUUGAAAGGAAUUUUCCUCUUCGCCCUCUCUCUCAGUCUCUCUCUCUCUCGAGAAAAAGAAGGCCGGAUUUCAGUCCAGAACUCGGUCGGAAUAACUGUUUUUGCAUGUAACACCGGUGUAAGAAUCCGAUCAGAUUAUUACAUCCAUCACCGGUAAAUCCGGUGAAAUCCAAAAUCAGUAGAAAAAACUAUAAAGUAAUUGUGAAGUUAUUAGGUCAACAACUGUAUAUUGAGAAGUCAAAUCGGUGGACCAAUGAAUUGAAUAAUUGUGGUUAUUAGGGAGAGAGAUGAAUGUAAGUCAUCCUUCUGUGCAUCCAAUAGAAAUUCGUCCAGAUACUGGUGGUGUUGUUGUUGUUGGUGGUGGUGGUGAUGAAAAUGCUGGACCUAGAGUAAGGAUGAGAGAUAUACAAGGGAUGCCGGGUACUCUUCUCGGCCUUUCGUUGCGUUUAUGUCAGUUCGCAUUUGCUGUUGUGUCGGUCUGUAUUAUGGCUUCUACAAGUGAUUUCAUUUCAGUCACAGCCUUCUGCUACCUUGUUGCAGCAGCGGGAUUACAAAGCUUGUGGAGUUUAUCCUUGGCAAUAGUUGAUAUAUACUCCAUUCUUGUGAAGCGCUGCUUGCGCAAUUAUAGGAUUGUCAGUUUGUUCACCAUUGGAGAUGGGCUCACAUCAACAUUAAUAUUUGCUGCUGCCUCUGCAUCAGCAGGUAUUACGGUCCUUAUCAGUAACGAUCUUGGUUUAUGUGCACAGAACCACUGUGCAAGGUUUGAGUUGGCAACAGCCAUGGCCUACCUCAGCUGGUUUCUAGUCACCCCAUCAUUUAUGUUGAACUUCUGGUCAUUGGCAUCAAGAUGACGACGAAACAUUAGAACGCUAGAAAAAGAAGCAGAGUGUUUUCUAGAAACAAUCUAGUUUUGGAUUUGUUGUCGAGGUUUCUCUUUUUUGUAAUGAUAGAUAAAUAUUUCCAUUUGUGGAUACAAGUUCUCAAAAAACGAUAAUUGGCUGUGCAUAAUUACUCGGACGCUUUCCGUGAACUGUAUACAAACAUUUUGUAACAUAUCGGCCACAUUCAAGCUGGA